AUGGCGGACUCGAACGAUAUAAGCCAGCCGGUCCCGGAUUAUGACCCUGGCAGACUCGAACAGGACAUCUCCACACAACACAAAGACGAGGAGAAACUGCCUCUCGACGAGGCAUUGGCGGACAGGAUGUCGAGCAACGCCAACCAGAGCGACGACACGCCGACCCCUAUGAAUCAUGCCAGAUACAUCACCGACGAUGGGAAGGAGGCUGCCGAGGACCCAACGGAGCAGAUUGAGAAGAAGGGCGAUUCCAGCUCUGACAGCGACGAUGCCUACGAACCCAUCAAUGCCAGCACUCGAGAUGAGUUGAGGAGACUGGCCUCACGAACACAAUCCUACUACUCUGGUCGACGCAGCAGCGUUUCCGACGCGAAUGGCGACGCCGAGGCACUCGAACGAAAAGACACGAUCGCCGGGCUGGAGCUGACCGACGAUGUCUUCAACCCACAGAGCCAGAAAUUCGAUCUCUACAAAUGGAUUCGGAUGACGCUGAAGAUGAUGGACGAGGAAGGCGUCAAGCAGAAGCGCGCUGGUGUGGUGUUCAAGAAUCUCAAUGUCAGCGGUUCGGGAUCAGCGCUCAACAUUCAGAGCAACGUUGGCAGCAUGCUCAUGUCGCCAUUGCGGAUGGGUGAGCUCUUGAAUUUCGGCAAGAAGACUCCACGACAUAUCUUGAGGGACUUUGACGGUGUGAUGAAGAGUGGCGAGCUGCUCAUCGUUCUGGGUCGUCCUGGAUCGGGAUGCAGCACGCUGCUCAAGUCGCUGACGGGCCAAAUGCACGGCUUGAAUCUGGAUCAGGGAUCGACCAUUCACUACAACGGUAUUCCGCAGAAGCAGAUGUUGAAGGAGUUCAAGGGGGAGAUCAUCUACAACCAGGAGGUCGAUAAGCACUUUCCGCAUCUUACCGUUGGGGAGACGCUUGAGCACGCGGCGGCACUUCGCACACCACAACAUCGGCCUCUGAAGGUAUCUCGCCAGGAGCUUUCCAAGCAUGUUACGCAGGUGUGUAUGGCUGUCUACGGUCUUUCCCACACCUACAACACCAAGGUCGGAAACGAUUUUGUGCGUGGUGUCUCCGGUGGUGAGAGGAAGCGUGUCUCGAUUGCAGAGAUGGCACUGGCGGGCUCUCUACUUGGUGCAUGGGACAACUCGACGAGAGGUCUGGACAGUGCUACUGCGUUGACCUUCGUGAGGUCUCUUCGUCAAACGGCAGACUUGAUUGGUACCUCGCACGCUGUUGCCAUCUAUCAGGCCAGUCAAGCCAUUUACGACCUCUUCGACAAGGCCGUUGUCCUCUACGAGGGCCGCGAGAUCUUCUUUGGCAAGGCCGAUCGAGCACAGAAGUAUUUCGAGGAGAUGGGUUGGUACUGUCCACCACGCCAGACUACUGGCGAUUUCCUCACCUCCGUCACCAACCCUGUCGAGCGCCAGGCCAAGGAAGGCUUCGAGAACAAGGUGCCUCGCACUCCAGAUGAGUUCGCUGAUUACUGGAAGAAGAGCGCAGAAUACGCCGACCUCCAACGCGAGAUUCAAGACUACGAGAAGGAGUAUCCUCACGGCGACGCUGGAGAGCUGCAGGCUUUCCGCGAAUACAAGGGCGAUCAACACGCCAAACACACUCGACCAAAAUCCUCAUACAUGGUCAGCGUGCCCAUGCAAAUCCGACUGAACACCAGACGAGCAUGGCAGCGUGUCUGGAACGACAAAGCGUCCACCUUCACUCCCAUCGUCAGCAACAUCAUCAUGGCCUUAAUCAUCGGUUCCGUCUUCUACAACACCCCCGACGCUACGCAAGGCUUCACUGCCAAAGGCGCCGUACUCUUCUUCGCCGUCCUGCUCAACGCCUUGACCGCCAUCACCGAAAUCAACAGCUUAUACGACCAGCGACCCAUCGUGGAAAAACACAAAUCGUACGCGUUCUAUCACCCCGCCACGGAAGCCAUCGCCGGUAUCGUCUUGGACAUCCCGCUCAAGUUCAUGCAAGCCGUGGCGUUCAACGUGGUGCUGUACUUCUUGGCGAAUCUGAGGAGAGAGCCUUCGCAGUUCUUCAUCUUCUUCUUGAUCAACUUCAUCGCCAUCUUCGUCAUGUCGGCUGUUUUCAGAACAAUGGCGGCGGUUACGAAGACUGUUUCGCAGGCCAUGGCGCUUUCGGGUGUGCUGGUCCUGGCGAUUGUCAUUUACACAGGUUUCGUCGUGCCGGUCAGCUAUAUGGGUGAUUGGUUUGGCUGGAUUCGCUGGAUCAACCCGGUCUUCUACGCCUUCGAGAUCCUCAUCGCCAACGAAUUCCACGGCAGGAACUUCACUUGCUCGGGCUACAUUCCCGCGUACAACAACCUGCAGGGCGACCAGUUCAUCUGUUCGUCCAAGGGCGCUUUCCCCGGCGAACGCUACGUCAAUGGCGAUUCCUUCAUCGGCGUCUCGUACGGCUACUACUACAGCCACGUCUGGCGCAACUUUGGCAUUCUCCUCGGUUUCUUGUUUGGCUUCCUGGCCAUGUACUUCUUUGCUGUGGAGCUCAACUCUGAGACAUCCUCCAGCGCUGAGGUGUUGGUAUUCCGAAGGGGACAUGUUCCAAAGUAUAUGGAAGACAUGGCCAAGGGCAAGGCGAACGACGAGGAAAUUGGUGCUGCCGAUGAGAAGGUUGCUGAGACGGACAGGAAAGACGAGGAAGAGGCUGAUGUCAAUGUCAUUCCACCGCAGAAGGACAUUUUCACCUGGCGCGAUGUCGACUAUGACAUUGAGAUCAAGGGCGAGCCGAGACGUCUGCUUGACCAUGUGUCUGGAUAUGUGAAGCCUGGUACUUUGACGGCGCUGAUGGGUACGAGUGGUGCUGGAAAGACGACGCUGCUUGAUGUCCUGGCUCAACGUACCACCAUGGGUGUUGUCACCGGCAACAUGUUCGUCAAUGGCGCUCCACUCGACUCCAGCUUCCAACGCAAGACUGGCUACGUGCAACAGCAAGAUCUCCAUCUCGAAACCGCCACCGUUCGCGAGUCGCUUCGCUUCUCAGCAAUGCUUCGCCAGCCGAAGAGUGUGAGCAAGCAAGAGAAGUACGACUAUGUCGAAGAUGUCAUCAAGAUGCUCAACAUGGAAGACUUCGCCGAGGCGGUGGUCGGUGUGCCUGGCGAUGGUCUUAACGUCGAACAACGAAAGUUACUUACGAUUGGUGUUGAGUUGGCCGCGAAACCGAAGUUGCUCCUGUUCUUGGAUGAACCGACCUCUGGUCUCGACUCGCAGAGUUCAUGGGCUAUCUGCGCAUUCCUUCGCAAGCUGGCUGAUAGUGGCCAGGCGGUGUUGUGUACUAUCCAUCAGCCCAGCGCUAUUCUGUUCCAGCAAUUCGACAGGCUACUGUUCUUGAGAAAGGGCGGCAAGACGGUCUACUUUGGCAACAUCGGCGAGCAGUCCAGAACACUCUUGGACUACUUCGAAGGCAACGGUGCACGAAAGUGUGACGACUCGGAGAACCCUGCUGAGUACAUGCUCGAGAUCGUCGGUGACGAGAGCGCCGACUGGGUGGGCACCUGGAAGGACAGCCACGAAGCCGCUGAAGUCCAACGCGAGAUCGACGACAUCCACAGGAAACAAGGCGGCCAACCUGAGAACGACGACGAUCCAACCGCUCACUCCGAAUUCGCCAUGCCUUUCACCACCCAGCUGGUGGAGGUGACGUCCCGAGUCUUCCAGCAGUACUGGCGCAUGCCAGCGUAUGUCAUGGCAAAGAUGAUCCUCUCCGCGGCAUCUGGUCUCUUCAUCGGCUUCUCCUUCUACGACGCCGACAGCAGUUUGCAAGGCAUGCAAAACGUCAUCUACUCCCUCUUCAUGGUCACGACGAUCUUCUCGACGCUCGUCCAGCAGAUCAUGCCGCUCUUCGUCACGCAACGAUCCCUCUACGAAGUCCGCGAGCGGCCCAGCAAGGCGUACAGCUGGCGCGCCUUCCUCAUCGCCAACAUCAUCGUCGAAAUCCCCUACCAAGUCAUCGCCGGCCUGAUCGUCUACGCCACAUUCUACUACCCCGUGGUCGGCAUCCAAUCCUCAGAGCGCCAAGGCCUUGUCCUCCUUUUCUGCGUCGUCUUCUUCAUCUACGCCUCCACCUUCGCACACAUGUGUAUCGCCGCGCUCCCAGACGCCCAAACCGCCGGAUCCAUCGUCACCCUCCUCUUCGCCAUGUCUCUCAUCUUCAACGGCGUCAUGCAACCACCCCAAGCCCUCCCAGGCUUCUGGAUCUUCAUGUACCGCGUCAGCCCCAUGACCUACUGGGUCGCCGGCAUGGCAGCAACCAUGCUCGCCGGGCGGCAAGUCGAAUGCGCCGCCGACGAAGUCUCCAUCUUCAACCCGCCCUCCGGCGAGACCUGCCAGACCUACCUGAACCCGUACCUCAGCGCCCCGACCACCACCGGCUACCUCCUCAACCCGAACGCCACCACGCAGUGCAACUACUGCCAGAUCUCCAACGCCGACACCUUCCUCGCCGGCUCCGGCAUCUACUGGUCCCAGCGCUGGCGCAACUUCGGCAUCAUGUGGGCGUACGUCGCCUUCAACACCGCCGCCGCCGUCCUCCUCUACUACUUCUUCCGCGUCCGCUCGGGCAAGAAGCGCAGCAGCGCCGGCAAGUCCAAGAAGUCCAAGAAACAGAAGCAGGAGACGGACGCCCAGCAACAGGCUCCUCCGCGGGAACCCAUCGCCGCGGCGAAUACGGCUUCGGACGAGGAGAAGGAUGCUGAGGAUGGUAAUUCGCUCGCGCGGAGGAGGAGUAGUACUGUUGCCCAGGCUGGGUGGAAUACCGCGCAGGGGGUUGCGGAGGGGUACUUGGGGAGGAAUCUGAAGAGGAGUCAGACGAAUCGGGCGAACGCCGCGAUUGUCUAG